GAGAUGUCUAUGACCUGUUUCAGAGAUGGAGAAACGUCCAGCUGAGGACGAAGAAAAUGGCGAAGGUGAAAAUGGCGCGAAGAAAGCUAAGUUGGAUCCGGAAUGCGGGAGACUGCUCUUCUGUGGCAGCACAAACUGGGAAUAUGUGAACAAGCCCUGCAAGCUGAAGGACGACUUCUACUACAGCAAGCAGAACGUGUACGAGCCCAUGUUCCUCGCUGCCUUCAAGGAUAUCAGGAUCCGCCACCUUGGCAGCUCACAGGAUGCAGGACAUGUGGUAGUUGUGGACGAGGAUGGUCAGGCUUGGUCCUGGGGUAAUAACGAGUUUGGACAGCUGGGACAGGGAGAUCUGAAGAACCGACGGGUCCCAACUCCAAUGCCGAAUACUGGUCCUACUGGACAUAUUAUCGUUAUGGUGGCUCUGAGUAAGCGGCAUACCCUGCUACUGACCUCUAGAGGUGAGGUACUCGCCUGCGGCGACAAUACUGACGGUCAGUGUGGGCAGGGAGAGAUGAAGUCAACUACAGUAAACAAUGGUAGAGUACGAGAGGAGCUUGAAACUAACAGUAUAGAACGAGUUCUAGAACUAACUCCUAUUAACUACUCCGGACCCCCUGUAAUUAAGAUUUCUUCUGGAAUGGACUUCAACAUGCUGCUUGAUGUUGAGGGAUGUGUUUGGACUUUUGGAUCCCAGGAGUUUGGUAAAUGUGGAACUGGUACAGACGGAGCAUAUAACGCUGCUGAAGCAAAGGUUAAGAUGCGCUAUGCAGGUAUCUCUGAGCCCCACAAAAUCACUAGGGUUUACGAGAGAGAUGCGAAAACUAAGAAAACCAAAUCUCUGCAGAUGAUGCGUAUAAAGAGUAUAGCUGCAGGAUCACAUCAUGCUGCUAUGGUCGACGAAAUGUCCAGAGUAUUCACCUGGGGAGCAGGAAGCUAUGGUAGGACAGGACUAGGAGAUACUACAGAUACUCUAGUACCUACCUGGGUACAGAGUUUAGAUCAUCCAAGGGGUAAGAUUGAAGAAGUGUACUGCGGGAACAUGUGUACUGUAAUGCUUGGAAAAGGACACAGACAAGUAUUCCUCGCUGGAAUAGUUGAUGCGUUGAAGAAGGAAGCGAAUAUGGUACCAAAACAGUAUUUUGAAUUCGGGGACGCUGGUCUUAGGGAUAUUGGAUUCUUCAAGAAGGGUUGGAAUCAUGUUGGAGAUGAUGGAAGUGUCAUGCAGACUAACACAGGACCCUGCUAUGGAGAGUUAGGAACUGGAGAAAAGUUCCGAAAUCAAGGAGUUCCUAAGAAAUCGAAGGAGUUUGAGUACGCCAAUAUUUUGAAGGUUGGAACUGGAGCAAACCAUUGUGUGUAUCUGAUCAGGGACACCGAGGAGGAGGAUGCGGAGGAGAUGGAGGAAUAUGAGGUACUGGACCAAACUGAUAUAGAGUACAAAGAGUAGGCACUCAUCUCAUGGAUUUAGAUGGCGGCCAUCUUGGAUUUUCAAAGAUGAAAGGGCCUGGGCUGUAAUUGGAUAUAUUUUUGAUAAAUAUAAUAUCUGUAUUAUUCGAUUGAUAUUAUUUUUCGUAAACAUAUUUUUUAGUUGUUUUAUUCCAGCAUUUUUAGAAAAUUUAAUGUCUUAAUAAGUCCACGUGAUGAGUUAUUUUUAAACUGUAAAUUCAAACAAAGAGAAAUUCAAUAAAUUGUAAUUUUGUCAUA